AUGGACGUCAAGGAGCCCAGCGAGACCAAGGACAUAGAAUCGCCGCCGGUCGGGCCACAUGAGGCGCAUUUCGUCCUGAUUCCCCAGCCCAGUCCCCACCCGCGAGAUCCCUUGAAUUGGUCGCUAAGAAGCAAAUAUGUCAUUCUGGCCACCCUGUGCUUGGCGUCUUUCUCCGGCGCCAUUGCGCCGCUGUCAGGCCAGUUGAACCUUGCAGACCAGGAGAAGCUGUACCACAAGACGAAGCUCCAGGAAUCGUACGCGAACUCUGCGGCAUUGGCUGGCAUGGCCGCCGGCCCCUUCUUCUUCGCACCUAUCGCGCAUGUCUUGGGUCGCAGCUCCGUGAUCUUUUGGUGUGUGCUGUGCACACUAAUCUGCCAGAUCUGGGGCGCCGUCAUGACUCAUUCCAAUGAUUACAUCCCCUAUAUCAUUUCGCGGCUGUUCUCGGGCUUCUUCGGCGCCGUCCCCACGGUUCUGGGCCCGCGGAUCGUCACCGAUUUGUUCUUUCUGCAUCAGCGUGGUCGUGCAUUCACGGCACUACAUAUGGCCUUUUUGUUCGGUACCAUCGCCGGCCCGACAUUCUCGGGAUUCAUCUCGGCAGGAGCCUUCUUCCCCGUCGAGUUUUGGUGGACCGUUGGUCUCCUUGGAUUUACACUGAUCUGCUGCUUCUUCCUUCUGGAAGAAACGGGAUUCAACCGUGUGGAGGUAGAGAAGAAUCCUGAAAUCCCCCGCGGUUUCGUGGCGAGUCGAUUAGCGACGUUCUUCUUUGGACAGCGAGUGGUGCAGCCCACUACUUGGAAAGAAACCGCUCGGAUUGGUAUUGCCCCUAUCCUCAUUGGAAUCUGUCCGGUCACCAUCAUCAUGGGCGUCUUCACCCUGAUUUCUUUUGGCUUCUACGUGGGCGUCAAUGCUCUGACCCCGGUCUGGCUCCAGAAACCCGUCGCUGCUGGCGGAUAUGGCUUCUCCCUCAAACAGAAUGCCGCUUUUACUUUCUGUCACUGGAUCGGCAUCAUCUUUGUCCAGUUCUAUGGUCACUACUUGAACGACCGCAUUCCACUCGCUCUCGCCCGCCGCUGGAAUAACGGGGCCUGGAAACCGGAAUACCGACUACACGUCCUGUGGCUCCCAAGUCUCGUCCUGAAUCCUAUCGGCCUGGGGAUCUUUGGCGCCGCCCUGCAGUACCACUUGCAUUACAUGGUUCUCGCGUUGGCAGUGUUCAUUGUUACGAUUGGAUCGCUAGCCAGUGUGCCUGUCACGGUGAACUAUGUGGUGGAGUGUUUCACCAAGUAUCCCGCAGAAGCGGGAAUUGUGAUAGGCGCCUACCGAAUUGUGUAUGGGCUGACCAUUAGCUUCUACAUUGAUCCAUGGGUGGAGGCUGUAGAUUUGGGCUGGGUUUACGGAAUGAUGGCCUUUUUCGCAGUCUUUUCAUUCUUCUUCGUGAUGCUGCUUAUGUGGAAGGGUCAUGCUAUUCGGGGGAUCCAGUUCGCCAGUCUGGGAUCGAGCGAAGAGGGCGAGAAACUGGUCGAAGAGUAG